AUGGAGAGAGUCGUUUUUCUAUCAAUUGCUUUAUUCUCUUCCUUAUUUGCGUUUAAAUUAAUGUUUGAUCCAGAGUAUCCGUCACCAUACAGGGCAUGCGCACCGGAGCCCGGAGAUACUGCAAUGAACAGCAUUGACGAGAGAAAUGAUCAGAUCAUUGAAUACUCUCGCGACAGAGAGAAGAAAAAGCCAGGAGUUUUUAAACGUAGUGGGAAUCGCAGAGAACAGUGA